AUGAAAGUUCCUAUAAACAAGUUUUUGCACGAGCUGUCUGUUUCUCGAAACAAAGACAAAAUCAAGCUGGUGUUUUUGUCGAUCGGAAACCCCGCCCAAAAAUAUGCAAAUACUCGGCAUAACGCGGGCCACGAGGUGCUGCAAGCCGCCGUCCGAUACCUAGGAGGUGCCUCGAGCAACUCAACCGGGAAUGCUACUAUUGGAGAAUUCAGCAACUACCGCAACGUUUAUUUCGCCGAGAGCUCCACUUUCAUGAAUGAGAGUGGCAAGGCUCUGCGGGACGUACUGAAUAAAGUCAAGGGCGAGGAGAUCAAGAUCAUCAUUGUGCACGACGACAUGGCCCUAGAGCCCGGGGAGGUCAAGUUCAAACUUGCGUCCAAGGCUGCUGGAGGUCACAAUGGGCUGAAGGAUAUUGUGAAAUAUGGCGAAUUCCCCAGACUUCGGGUCGGCAUCGGCGCUCCUCCCGCGAUGGACAGCCGCUCGGUGACCAAGUUUGUUUUGGGCAAAUUCAGGCCAAUUGAAAAGAAAGCGUUCGACGAGAGAAUCCCAGAAACCGUCGCAAUAAUCAAACAGAUCGCCAGUGCCCUGGACUAUAAAAAGCCCACGGCCUGA